CUUCAGGCAUUGCUACAGUUCUAAAUGCAAAAGGAGUCUUCGCUUUUUCUCUUUAAAGGGAUUUUCAGUGCUCUAAUUUAGCUUAAAUGACCUCUUUUGGGAAGCAUGCUGCAGCCGACUGACAGAAGAAACUUCAUGAGAUACAGUAACAUCAUGGUGGAUGUGGGAAAGUGGCCAAUAUUUACCUUACUGUCACCUCAAGAAAUAGCAUCUAUUCGGAAAGCAUGCGUAUUUGGUACAUCAGCCAACGAAGCUAUAUACAUAACGCACAACGACGAGGUGUUUGUUUUUGGACUGAACUGCAGUAAUUGCUUGGGAACUGGAGAUAAUCAGAGCACGAUAGUACCAAAGAAAUUAGAAGCCUUAUGUGGAAAGAAGAUUUCCAGUCUCAGUUACGGGAGUGGACCACAUGUUGUACUUUGCACUGAAGAUGGUGAAGUAUAUGCGUGGGGACAUAAUGGUUACAGCCAGCUUGGGAAUGGCGCAACCAACCAGGGCAUUACUCCUGUUCAAGUCUGCACAAAUCUGUUAAUAAAGAGGGUGGUGGAAGUAGCUUGUGGCUCUCAUCAUUCCAUGGCGUUAUCCUCUGAUGGGGAUCUAUAUGCUUGGGGCUAUAACAACUGUGGUCAAGUUGGAUCUGGAUCUACAGCAAACCAGCCAACUCCUCGUAGAGUUUCAAACUGUUUACAGGGUAAAAUGGUAGUUGCCAUUGCUUGUGGUCAGACCUCCUCCAUGGCUGUAGUAAACAAUGGUGAGGUUUAUGGCUGGGGUUACAAUGGUAAUGGUCAGCUAGGUCUUGGAAACAAUGGCAACCAGCUAACACCGUGCAGAGUGGCAGCAUUACAUGGUGUGUGUAUACUGCAGAUUGCCUGCGGCUACGCGCACACACUAGCACUAACAGAUGAGGGUUUGCUCUAUGCCUGGGGAGCUAACACUUACGGGCAGCUGGGAACUGGCAAUAAAAGUAACCAGCUAAGUCCACUGCAGAUCAUGAUGGAAAAAGAAAGGGUUGUGGAGAUCGCAGCCUGCCACUCUGCUCACAUUUCGGCUGCCAGGACCCAGAGUGGCCAGGUGUACAUGUGGGGCCAAUGCCGCGGCCAGUCUGUGGUCCUUCCCCACCUCACUCACUUUGCCUGCACUGACGAUGUGUUUGCUUGCUUUGCUACCCCUGCCGUUAUGUGGCGUCUUCUGUCAGUAGAGCAUGAAGACUUUUUAACAGUAGCAGAGUCUCUGAGGAGGGAAUUUGACAGCCCAGAAACCUCAGACCUAAAGUUCCGUGUAGAUGGGAAGUACAUCCACGUUCACAAAGCUGUUCUGAAAAUCAGGUGCGAACACUUCAGAACCAUGUUCCAGUCAUACUGGAAUGAGGAUAUGAAGGAAGUGUUAGAAAUCGACCAGUUUUCUUACCCUGUGUAUCGUGCCUUUCUUGAGUACUUGUACACAGACUGUGUUGACCUUCCGCCUGAAGACGCGAUAGGACUUCUGGAUUUGGCUACUUCGUACUGUGAAAACAGACUGAAAAAACUGUGUCAACAUAUUAUCAAGAGAGGAAUUACUGUGGAAAAUGCUUUUUCAUUGCUCUCUGCUGCUGUCAGAUACGAUGCAGAGGACUUAGAGGAAUUCUGCUUUAAAUUUUGUGUCAAUCAUUUGACAGAAGUGACACAAACUACAGCAUUUUGGCAAAUGGAUGGUCCCCUGCUCAAGGAAUUCAUUGCUAAAGCCAGUAAAUGUGGAGCCUUUAAGAACUGAAAUGAGGCUGUAAGUUAUGGGUGUUUGUAGGGAUUUCUGCACCACGGGUUGGUGUAACUGCACAGGUGGAAGCGGCAAGUGAUAGUGGCCUCUUGUACCAGGAGCUGUGGAAGGCCACAGCAAAAACUGAUGUUCUCUGUGCUUAAGAGUGAGCUGUUGUUAAAUGUUAAGCAAAAUACUCACUUGCAUUCAGAAAGUCUGGAUGGUGGAACCAGUGCAAGGUUUCAGAUGGAAAGACUGCUGUGUGCAGAAGACACCAGGUCUUCGUAAGGACAUUUAGGUGAGGAAAUGACACUUGUAGAGCUACCUGUUAAUAUUUUCAACGUACUACUUAAGGCACUGGCCUUCUGGGAUUAUGAGCCACUGGAUGAUGUCACUUAAAUCAUUAACUCCCCAGAACUACAAAGAAGCAAAUGGCAUGGAUAUCUCUUAUUGCAGCUGCAUGAUUGUGAAUGACAUUGCCAUUUGCUGUAAUUAACCACGCGUAUUCGGUGCUGAGAAAAGUGUGCAAAAAUAAUGUAUCCUCAAAGCCUGCAAAAGAAGCCUGCAAAAGUAACCCUGAAGAAAGGGGUACCUAGCAGACUGAAUUGGAAGUAAAGCUCUAUAUUUGAGUACAUCUUAAUACAAGUUGUAAUGUAUACUUUAUAAUCUGUUCAAGCAAUGUUUAUAAUGGUUAAUGGAAGAUUUCCCUCUCUGACUUCAGAUUACGUUGGUUCCCUUGGAGGGAAAGGGGCACACUGUUCUGAAAGUUUUUUUUUUGUUGUUUAAUUAAGUAUUGUAUAAAUUUAAACUACAUGUAAUAAAAUUCACUUUUUGGUACA